AUGAGUUCACAGAGAGGAAACGUGCAGCGAUCGCGGCCUCAGAAGCACCGGAAUGCUACCGUGUUUAAGAACGACAAGUAUGACAGCAACCACCUCACCAAGGUGAGCACCGCACCAUGUGACCAUCACCGGAACUGGCCAUCCGGUCACCGGGUAUCGCCCUGCCAGGCUGCGGUCACCGGGUAUCCCCCUGCCAGGCUGCGGUCACCGGGUAUCGCCCUGCCAGGCUGCGGUCACCGGGUAUCGCCCUGCCGGGCUGCGGUCACCGGGUAUCCCCCUGCCAGGCUGCGGUCACCGGGUAUCCCCCUGCCAGGCUGCGGUCACCGGGUAUCGCCCUGCCAGGCUGCGGUCACCGGGUAUCGCCCUGCCAGGCUGCGGUCACCGGGUAUCGCCCUGCCAGGCUGCGGUCACCGGGUAUCGCCCUGCCAGGCUGCGGUCACCGGGUAUCGCCCUGCCAGGCUGCGGUCACCGGGUAUCGCCCUGCCAGGCUGCGGUCACCGGGUAUCGCCCUGCCAGGCUGCGGUCACUGGGUAUUGCCUGCUAUGGUCUUAAUAUGUGGACAGAGCAUGUCGAAAGGGAAUGA